AUGACAGACUCAUUAUCAUUAUACUCUGUUAAAGCAGUUCUAAUACUAGAUAACCAAGGUGAUAGAGUAUACGCUAAAUACUAUAGUGCUCCACAUGUCCCAAAUUUAUCUUUGUUCCCUUCAGUUAAACAAGAAAAAGAAUUUGAAAAAAGGUUAUUUAAGAAAAUUCACAAACAAGAAUCUGAAAUUUUAAUAUUUGAAGAUAACAUUGUGUUAUAUAAAGAGUACAUGGAUGUGGUCUUAUGUUUAAUUGGUCCAUUAGAAGAGAAUGAAAUUAUUUUGCAACAAGCUUUUACCGCUUUCAAAGAUUCUUUAGAUUUGAUUUUAGAUUCUGGUAUAGAUAAAAAAAACACUCAAGAACAUUACGACAUGGUUUUGUUAGCCAUUGAUGAAACUUUCGAUAACGGUGUCAUUCUAGAGACAGACCCUGCCAGCAUUGCCUCGAGAGUCACCACCCCACCAUCUAGUGAACAACAAAUGCACCUAGAUUUAGAUAAAGGUUUGAUGAGUGCAUGGGGAUUUGCCAAGAGCAAAUUACAAGAAAGAUUACAACAAGGUAUAUAA